GUACUUCCUAAAUAUGUCUGGUGUUUAGUUUUGUAGCUACCCCUAAAAAGGACACUCAUAACUUGCUUUUUUUUUAAGGUUUCCUGAGAGAGCUUCUAAGGCCCCUCCUCAAUUUGAAAAGACUGUGUAUAAGAGAACAUAAUUAUAUAGUAAUAAGGUUUUGUUGCUUCUAGCUAGUCUUUGAAAUGGCAAGAACAAUGAAGAAAUGCUUGCAGAGUUCCCUGAAGAUUGUGAACUCAGUGAUUGCAUCACUGGGCAUUGCCAUGAUUUUCUAUGGUCUCUGGAUGGUUCGAGUUUGGGGGCGCGACGUUUGUGAUGAUUGCGAUGCUCAUCACCAUGACCAGGAUUUGAAAACUACUUUGCCUUGGUUUAUUCAUGCAUUUCUUGGCAUUGGUAUUGCUUUGUGUGGAAUAGCAUGCCUUGGUCAUUUUGCUGCCAAAACCGCAAACAUCCAUUGCCUCAGUUGUUACUCAAUCAUCAUCUUCAUCCUUAUCCUGUUGGACACGGCAAUGAUAGCUGAUGUAUUGCUUAAUUCUAACUGGGAAAAGGAUCUACCAGAUGAUCCAUCAGGAAGGUUUGAUGAUUUCAAGAAAUUUGUGCAGGAUAAUAUCCACAUCUGCCAGUGGGUUGCCCUCUUGAUAUUCCUUUCCCAGGGAUGCUCCAUGCUAAUAGCUACAAUCAUCAGAACUCUCGCAGAAGACGAAAAGUAUUACCAGAGUCACCAUGAUGAAGAGCAAGUUGAAGGUGAUCAUCAUCACCCACCCAGGAUGCCACUCUUGAACCAACCUGCAAAUUCCCAAGUGUUUCCAGCAUACGUUAUUGGCGAACCGCAGUUGUUCUACCACUGCCCUGAGGAUUGGAAGGUUUUUGAUCAACUGGGAACUGGAAAUUAAAUGGAUAAAGUAAAAUAAUUAAUAGUACUUAGAAAGCUUCUUUUCGAGGAAUUGAUUUUGACUUGAGCCUACGUUUUCAGUCAGCAGGGUUUUGAAUUUUAUCAUGAUCAAGUGAUCACCAAGUGAAGGGGGGGAGCUUCCAAGAAGAACAAGUUAGAUUCUACUCGUACUUAAUACAGAGUGUGGAAGUGCUGGAGAUUUUCCAUUCUGUAAACAUCCUCAAAACAAUUAGUCAGUCAAUACUAUGUUUUGGUAAUGAGUGAUUGGGUUUGGAGUUGAUGAUGUUGUUACUUUUCCAUUAAGAAAUCUUAUGAUUCUUUACAGACAGAGUUUUGUUCCAAUGUUGGAAGUUUUUGUGUACAUUAAGGCUGUCAGAAUGAAGGUUCGGAUGCCAAAAUAACAAUUGUGAGAGUUUUCAUGAGUACCACAGAGAUCUCCUCGCUUAAAAAAUGUCUGAUGUUUCCAAGGGAUGCAACAUUGCAAAC